UAGUGACGAGAAAUAAAUCUCAUGGUUUAUUUUCAGUCAAGUUGAAACAUUAAAUCAGUAAUUCAUGUUAGAUUUUACAUGGAUGUGUGACUUACGCAUCAUUAUUAUUUUUUUUAUUGUUGUUUUUUUGUUGUUCAAGUGCAACUAACCACUUCCUUUCUGUUGCACCUACAUACACACUCCAUUUCAAAACACGUGGUAAUGUUCCAGUCCCUCCUUCGCUGUCUGAUGGUCACCAUGUCUCGUGUAAACCAAGCCGCUGUGUUCUUCACUCUGCUACUGGUUUUGUGUCGUGUCCUUACAGCGCCUCCACAUUUAUGUUUAGAGCCGACAGUUCCAGAGUGUCAUUCUCUGUCUGAUGGUCAUGAUGUUCAGCCAAAACCAAGCAGCUCUGCUCCUCAUUGUGCUGCUAGCGCGUCGUGUCUUUGCAGAGAUCUCAGUAACUGACCACAGGGAUAUGCCAGUAUCCAGAGGAGACUCAGUCACGUUCCACUGCAACGUAUCCAGAGAAAAUGCGUCGGAAAUUACCUGGAACUUUAAAAGCUUCAUUUAUAAACAUUCUAUCCUGAUAAAUCAGACUUUUUCAAAUGUAUCCUCUGACAGACUGAGAAUAGAUCCUUUAAAGUUAUAUAUUUUCAGUGCUCAACCUGAAGAUGCAGGACUUUAUUCAUGUAGUGUAACUGCCAGACGAGGCUUAAACAGUGUUUCCUGGAAUUUAACUGUGUCUGAGGACAUUGAAGAAAACAGCUCAUCAUAUUUACCAUACGUACUCACAUCUACAACUCUAUUGCUUCUAUGUGUCAUCGCAUCAGCUGUCUGCCUCUGGAGAAGAAGCAGGUCGAGGGCAGAGCAAACAUUUCCGGUCGGGGAUCAGACUCGAUCUGGAUCAAGAGAAGAGGGACACAAUCAAGAGGAAGACAACACGGAUCAGCGGAGAAACAAUAAGAGGAGGAGUCAGUACAUGGAGAGGCGGAAUUCAAUCUAUGGUGACAACUGGGUGGACAAGUCAUUAAGAUGAAGAUGGAAACAGAGACAUGGACGAUGUAUGAAGCACAUUACAUUUUCUAGUUUGAAAACCGGCACUUUGAGGGAAGUGGACUCUAAUUAAUACAAUAAAACUACAGUCUUCAUGUUAACGGUUACAGUUGUAAUGUUGUUAUAGUGUAAAUAAAGUUAAGUCAAAGCUAA